GCCGCACUCGAGGCGUUCCAUCAUAUCCGAGACAAAGAACGGAGCGUCCGGUGUACACACCGGUGCCCUAAUUGUUAUUUCUGGCAGGCGUCCGCAGGAGAUGCUGUUGAGAGUGCCUCAUUCUGUGACACACAGAUGCUGAAGCCUCGGCACCGAAAAUAUUGUUCAGGCUCACAGUGAUGUAUACAGUGCCUGUUGUCGGGACAUCUGUCAGUAAACCCAAUAUGACUCGCAAUAGUCAUCAACCGGGCCUGAGUCAUACACUACCUACAGUGCGUGUCCAGCAGCAAUGCCAUGCGUAUAAAGGACACUUUAGCCCCGAGAUCACUAGUAAUAUGUUGACCUCUUUGGCCCGCUUCACCGUUUCUCUUGCUCUUGCAUCGUCUGUCCUAGGUGCUGCUAUACCCACAGCGACAGUGACCACGAUGACCACUGCGGCCGCGACUUCCACCACUUCUGCAGAGCUCCAUUACAAGGGGCUUAUCGGUGCUCUAUGGAAGAACAAUGUUCACGAUAAGGUUUAUUCCUCUGAAACACCCGCGGCAACACCAACUACAGAAGGAUUUGCCUCAUUUCGGCGGUCCGGGGAACUUUGGAAGGGGAGAGAGCACGAAGAAGUAGACCCAGCAGUUAGCUCCUCUCGGCGAUCUGACGAACUCUGGAGGGGGAUCGAUCACGAAGAGGUAGCCCCUGUAACGGGCCCCUCUCGGCGAUCUGGUGAACUCUGGAGGGGGCUCGAGCACGAAGAGGUAGCCCCAGCUGCUCGGGCACCUUCUCGCCGAUCCGGCGAGCUCUGGCGAGGAUUGGAACACGAGGAGAUUUCUACCUCCCCUUCAUGAUUAAGCUAUUCCGAGUCACCCUGAAUCCGGUAUUGAUUAUUUAUGGGCGAGGGGCUCCAUGCCCUUGCUGUGUAGGUGGAUACACAGCAAGUUGGCUGUUUUAAGCCUCUGGCAUUCAUUACCGACCUUCGCAUAAUUCUUUUUUUGGCC